AUGAUUGACCCAAUUGAUAAAAUUAUUGAAGAAACAUUUGUUUAUAAAAUUGACAUGCUUCAUAAUCUUUCUUUAUCAUCGAAUGCAUCAAUGAUUCGUUACGCUUUAGCAUAUAAAGACUUUAAUCCUAACGAAAAAUAUCCAGAAGAAGAAAAUGUGGAAUCAAGUUUUGAAUUAACGAAAAAGUAUUGGAAAUAUAAAAUUGAAUCAUAUAAGAAACAAGAUGAAAAAGCAGAAAGGGAUACUAAAAAUAAUGUUUCAAUGGAUGACUAUCAAUACUAUCACGAUUUAAUCCUUUCAUCUAAAUGCAAAAUGUGUGGUAAAGCGUUUACAUAUGCUAAUAAACCAACAUUAGAUAGAAUCGAUAAUGAAAAACCACAUACCAAAGAAAAUUGUCAGUUAAUGUGUUGUUAUUGCAAUGUCGUAAAAUCAAAUAAAGAUGAGGAUGUUCAACGUUUAAGAAUCAAUUUAAGAAAUUAUACAUUAAAAAAUAAUUUACCAAUGACUUUAGAUUCAGUUGAAGCUUAUCACAUUCUCCGUAAUGGAAUUACUGGUGGUUUAUCAAAUGUUCAACAUAGAGUAAAUCUUAAAGGAAUCACGCACAUUAAUAAAAUUUCAUAUAAUCCAGAAACUAAAACUGUAUCAAAUGAGGACACCACCAAUAUCAUGACUCAUUUUGUUGGUGUUGAUUUUAAUUCAUUAUAUCCUUCAUCAUUUUCAUCUAAUCCUCAUGAUUUCAUUCAAUAUACUAACCAUAAAAUGUAUAUGCCGGGAAGAUUGAAUGGUGUUAUCAUUUGUGAUACAGCAACAAAGAAAGCAAAAGCACUGGGAAUAAUUAGAAAGAAAAAUACUUUAUUCGUGGCUGAAGUAAAGG